UCCUUCACUCCUCCAUUUUUCAUUCUCUCUUUUUGUCUUUUCAUCACUAACAAAAAAUCACUCAAAAAUCCUAAACCCAUUUUCUCUCUUUUCUCUUCAUAUAAAACUACCCUUCUCCCCUUUUAAUCCUUCUCCAAAAUUCUUCCAUAUAUCAUUUUUCUUCUUCCUCCAUUUCUCUGCUCAACUCACCCCCCCAUUCUUUGGUUCUUUGAAUAACAAAUUUCUGUUUGUAUUUGGGUUCUUGUUAGUGGGUCUCAAUCUGAAUGACCUUAUUUUGACUCUUUUGAUUCAUUGUUUGUUUUUUCAAAAUCCAAUGGCUGAAACAGAGUUGGGUUCUGUUCUUAAUCGCAUUUGCAGCAGUAAUCACUGGUCUUAUGGUGUUUUUUGGAGCUUUGAUCAAAGAAACUCCAUGUUGUUGACUUUGGAAGAUAUUUGGUAUGAAGAGCAAGUGGGGCUGGUGGCCUCAAAUAUGCUUCAACAAGUUCACAUGCUUGGUGAAGGAGUCAUUGGCACAGCUGCUUUCACUGGAAAGCACCAGUGGAUAUUUUCAGAUGCUUCCAUUGGAGAAUGGAAUUCCUCUAUGUUUCAGGAUAAUUUGGAGUUUCGGCAACAAUUUUCCUGUGGGAUAAAGACUGUUGCUGUAAUUCCCAUUCAUCCGCAUGGAGUGAUACAGCUUGGCUCUACACAUAAGAUCUGGGAAAGUUUGGAGUUUUUGGCAGAUACAAAGAGAUCAUUGUGUCAAGUGAUAAAUGGUGGUGGACUUACACCAGAGAAAACUACUCACAUGACUUCGAGCACUGAUAUUUUUCACUUUAAUGAGCUUUUCACGUCUUUUGUCUCAUCUGCAAAUUCCGAUGAUUGGAGUCUCAGUGCGAUGCAUAAUAACGGGCAUACAGAUGCUUCAUUUAAUAAACAACCAGCCUUCGACACUUCCUACUUCAGUAAAAGUAGUUGUGAAAACUCUGUGUUAACUUCAUCUGAGCCACUGCCAGCAUCCGACUAUAGAGAACAAGAUGCUCAAUAUCCAAGUUAUUCAGACGCUAAUGUGCUUGACUCAUGUAGAAACACAGUGGAAUUUGGAAACAGUAGUUUGACAUUUGCAUCAGUCUCAAGUGGAACAGAUUCUCUCCAUAUGGAUAAUGUUCAGCAGUCAGCUCAACUAUUUCCCAUGAUUGAAGGUGAACUUAUAGAAAGCAUAUCUAGCCUACCCGACUUCUGCGACGAGCAUCUUUCUGAGGAUUUUGCCAUGGAUCUCCCUGACAUCUCGCUCGUUGAUGAUUUAUUUCAAUGGUUUGCUUCUUCACCAGAGAAUGGAACGAAUGGAGUAACGACAGCAUUGAACCAUAACCUUCCACCUGUGACAAGAGUUUCAACAUUGGCAUCCAAUCUGGUUGAAGUUGAUAAGUUUGUAGAUGAUUCGAGCAAAGCUUCUGUUGUUUCCGCUCAAAGCUUAAUAACUAAUACAUCACAAUCCAGUGAACAAGAUAACACAGUCGUAAUGCAGAAUGCAAAAGAUAGACUGUUCGAUAGUUUGGGGUUAGGCACAGGAUGUCCAGUGGGCAAAACUUGGGAUAACGUAAUAACAGCCACUCAUGGCGGUUACUUGGGUGGGUGCAACAGUAUGUCUACAUGCACGUCAAAGUUAGCCACAGGCUCAACAGAUCUUCCUCGCAAGAGAUUAUUUUGGGAGUUGGGAAUUGAAGAGCUUUUGGAUGGUCUAAGCAACACUAGUUCUGCAAACAAAUCAAGUGUUGAGAAUGAUCACUCAAUUGCCUCAAGAAGGUCAAAGAUGGAAAGAUUGUCUCUCGACAGUAAUCUGAUCCAAUUGCUCGACCCUUGCACCAGCAUGAAUGUGACACAACCUUCGUGCACGGUUGAUCAUUUCCCAUGUAAGAAAGAAUCUGUACCAAAGUCACAGGUAAGUUCAUGGAUUGAUGACAGCUAUAGCACCAAUAUUGGAGGGUCCAUUUUAGAACUAUCUCAUAAGAGUGAGGAGCCUGCUAAGACUUGUAAGAAAAGGGCGAAACCUGGAGAGAGUAAUCGUCCAAGACCGAAGGAUCGACAACAGAUCCAAGAUCGUUUCAAAGAGUUGAGAGGAAUUAUCCCUAGUGGUGCAAAGUGUAGCAUUGAUUCGUUGUUGGAUCGGACUAUCAAAUACAUGCUUUUCUUGCAAAGUGUUACAAAAUACGCAGACAGGCUUAAAGAAACUAACAAACCAAAGUUAAUUGACCAACAAGAUGGAGUGGCUGUAAAUGACAAAUGUAUCACGGAGAGAGGCGGUGGUGGAGUUACUUGGGCGCUUAAAGUGGGAGCGACACCAACGGUUUGCCCUGUAAUAGUCGAAGACCUUAGUUCACCUGGUCAAAUGCUCGUUGAGAUGCUAUGUGAGGAAAGAGGCUUCUUUCUCGAGAUAGCCGAUAUGAUCCGUAGCUAUGGAUUGACAAUUUUGAAAGGCGUGAUGGAAGUCCGAGAAGACAAGAUAUGGGCACAGUUCGUCGUCGAGGUGAAGAUAAAUACUAACCAAAGCAUGACAAGGAUAAAUGUGUUUUUGUCCCUCAUGGAGCUUCUACAACAAGCAAACCUUGGUGGAAGUGAAGUAGUAGCUAAUUAGUAUAGUAAUAGCAAUGGAUCGAAAAGAAAAACGAAAAAGCUUCUCGAAUCGAGGAAGAAUUCGAUCUUAACAAAAUUAUUGAGAUAAAUAUUUGAAUUGUUACUACCAUGGUAUAGUAGAGAGUGAAUGUGCAUAGAUGAAGAGUAGGUAGCAUUUUCAAAGGUCAAAAUUGAUCUUUUUGGUCCUAAUAAUUAGUCAAGUAGAGGUAGGAUGCGAAUUAGCAAUUAAAGUUUCUAAGUAUGUUCUACGUAUAGAAAAGAGGACAUGCAUUUGCAUUGUAUUGAGAUUGGUGAGCCCUUUUUUGGCUUAAUAGUUUGAUUGUUAAUGCUAACUUGUUUAUAUGCUAAAACUAAUAAUAGAUGUAUAAUGUAUUUAUCUUAUU